UUUAUCAUCUACAGCUAUAUCUUACAAAACUAAAAUCAUGAAGUACUCUUUCUGCUCAAUCUUCUCUUACAUUUUCAUUUUACUCUUCUCAUUUUCGUGCGCAUUAACUUCAUCUUCCACUCGAGAAAACUUUCUUCGGUGCUUUUCUCAAAAUUCCUCAAACACUUCCACCAUUUUCGAAAUCGUUUACACCCCAAAUGACCCCUCGUACUUCUCCCGCUUGAAUUUCUCCAUACAAAACCCUCGCUUCUCUUCCCCUUUCACUCCAAAACCCCAAGUUAUCAUAACACCAUUCCAUGUCUCCCAUGUCCAAGUAGCCGUAUACUGCUCCAGAAAACAUAAAAUGCACCUUAUUGUCCGAAGUGGAGGCCAUGAUUACGAGGGUCUGUCCUACACGUCCGAAAUCCCAUUUGUUAUACUUGAUCUCAACAACCUCCGCUCAAUCAACAUAGACGUCGAAAGAAGCACUGCCUGUGUCGAAUCCGGCGCAACACUUGGCGAAGUUUACUACAAUAUUGCGAAAAAGAGUGGUAAUCUUGGCUUUCCAGCUGGUAUUUGCCCUACCGUUGGGGUUGGUGGUCACUUCAGUGGAGGAGGCUAUGGAGCUAUGUUGAGAAAAUAUGGACUUGCUGCCGAUAAUAUUAUUGAUGCUAAAAUAGUCAACGUUGACGGAAGAAUUUUAGAUAGAAAAUCUAUGGGAGAGGAUCUGUUUUGGGCUAUUCGUGGGGGAGGAGGAGCAAGCUUUGGCGUCGUUAUCUCAUGGAAGAUUAAGCUUGUUCCAGUUCCAUCAACCGUGACUGUCUUCAAUGUCCAGCGGAUCUUGGCACAAGAUGGUACCCAGCUCGUUCAUCGGUGGCAAGAGGUAGCCCAUAAAUUUCAUGAAAAUCUAUUUGUUAGACUCAUCUUGCAAGCAAUUUCAUUAGAUGGUGGGAAGAAAACAAUACAAGUUACAUUCAAUUCCAUGUUUCUUGGUGAUGUGGAUUCACUGCUCAUGUUGAUGCAAAAGAGCUUUCCUGAAUUGGGUUUGGUGAAAGAAGACUGCACUCAAAUGAGUUGGAUUGAAUCUACUCUAUUUUUCAAUGGUUUCCCAAGAGGACAAUCUCUUGAGGUUUUGCUGGAUAGGGCUACUGAAACUAGGUCGUUUAAAGCGAAGUCUGACUUUGUUAAGGAGCCUAUUCCAGUGGAGGGUUUGGAAGGAAUAUGGGAAAGGUUGUAUAAAGAGGUUGGAAAGGGUAUGUUGAUCGUAACUCCUUAUGGUGGAAAAAUGGAUGAGAUUUCGGAAUCGAAUAUUCCGUUUCCACACAGAAAAGGGAACAUUUACCAGAUUCAAUACUUGAUAUUUUGGGAUGCGAAAGAAAAUGUAACUGAAUCCCAAAAGCACAUAAGUUGGAUUAGGAGGCUUUAUAGCUAUAUGACUCCGUACGUGUCAAAGUCCCCAAGAGAAGCAUAUCUCAAUUAUAGAGAUCUUGAUAUUGGAACAAAUAACAAUAAGGGAAAGAGGAGCGUCGCUGAAGCAAGCAUUUGGGGUAAGAAAUACUUCAAAAACAACUUCGAUAAGUUGGUUCUUGUCAAGACCAUGGUCGAUCCAACUAAUUUCUUUAAGAACCAACAAAGUAUUUCACCAUGUGUGUCAAGGAGCAAGAAGAGUGGUCAUUAUUAGAGAUCUAUAAAUAAAUAUAGAUAUGCAUGUACGUACGUAAAAUAUACCCAGCUGCAUGAAUUUAUUCCUUUUAAAUCUAUUUUCAAUAAAUAAUGUUUCCCACGUAUGUGGUGAACAUAUAACUUGUGUAUAUAUUUGUAUAUCAAAACUUGCUUGGAUUAAUUCCGAUUAUUAUCGGGGAGAAUCUCAAACAGCCUGUCUAAUAAAAUAAUAAAGCUUAUAUAUA